UUAUUUAUCAGUUGGCUGCAGUGAUUCGUGGAGGUUAGUUUCACUGUCAUAACAAACAUAUCUAAAGUUUUGUUUUGGCAAUUUUGAUAAACCUCUUUAAAAUUGCACAACAUUGAAUUUUGAACAAUUAGAAUAGUUAUUUAAAAGUUUAGUGACUGUCAAAUAGUGCGAAAUGGGUAGUUCGAAGAAACAUAAGCGGGAUAAAGAGUUAGUAAGAAAGCAUAAGAAACGCUCACGUUCGCGAUCGAAAUCUCGCAGCAAAUCUCCAUCCAUUGAGAAGCAUGAACGAAAGCACUACAAGAAGCAUCACAAGGAACGUCGACACAGGAGACAUAGUUCUGAAAAGGCCCGAGAUGACUACCAUAGUGAUAGUUCCGAUGUAGUUGAAGUUCCCAUCGCCCCUCCAGCCCCUGUGAUUUCCUCCAAAAGAGCACGAUCACCAUCCCCAAUCCCUGAGGGGGGUGCUGGAGAUUGUUUAUCAAUUGAGGAGACGAAUAAACUUAGGGCAAAGUUGGGUUUGAAACCUCUGGAGAUUGAAUCAGUACCCGUUACAAAAGAAAGACAACCGGCAGAAGACAAGGACAGUGAUGAACCUGAGCUCUUAAUACACAAAGAUGAUUUGGGAGAAUUUGUCCAUAAACCAGCCACAAAUUUUGCUGCCACGAAACAAGUUGAGAAAAUCAGGGAGAAGAUCAAGGAGCGUCGGGAAAAACGGAAAUUAGAGGCAUCAUUGCUCACGGUGAAGACAUUAGGAGAAUCGGAUGAGGAAGAUGAUUUAAUUUCCUGGGUGGAUAGGAGUAGGGAGAAGGAAAGGCUAAAAAAAGAAGCAGAGAAACGUGCAAAGUGGCUUGAAGAGAUGGAAGAGCAAAUUGGACGAGCUUCACAUGCGGACCAGGAAGAUCGGGAAAGUCAUCAAAAAUACUAUGGUAUGCGCGAUCUCAAAGGGUUAAGGGUGGAGCACGAUGCUGCUGAUUUUGGAGAAGGAAAAACUGUUAUUCUUACGCUGAAAGAUCAGGAUGUUCUCAAUGAAGAUGCAGAUACACUGGUGAAUGUAAAUCUGAUGGAUACUGAGCGAUAUCGGAAGAAUGUGGAGAACAAGAAAUUAAAUCCCAUGAAUUACGGCUAUGAUUGUUAUGCUGAAGAGAUGCUGGAUGAGUUGGGUCAACCAAUAUCUCGACCAAUUCUAAAGAAGUACGAUGACGAGAUUGAAGGUGGGCAGAAGAAGAGUUUUACAUUGGGCAGGGAUCUGCAGGAGGAGCAGGAACAAAAAAGACGAUUGUUGGAAAUUAAGUGUAAGCUUGAAAACAAGCGCCUUGAGACGCUCAAUGAGCAACUGAUUAAACCAGCUAGAGAUUAUUACUCUGAAGCUGAGAUGGCUAAAUUCAAAAAACCUAAGAGGAAGGUAAAGAAAGCCAAGAGAACCCUGAAAGCUGAUGAUCUUCUGCCACUGCCGGAGGCGGAGUCGAGUGGUUUUAAGGAUUUUGGGAGUAGAAAUAAGUCGGAAAACAUGAGAGAUUCAUCAUCUAUGGACAUCGGCAACAUCCCCAUGGAGAAGGUGAAGAUUGAGCCAGAAGAUGAUGAAUUAGAGAAGAUGCUCGCGAAGGCGAGACGUCUGAAGCAGAAGGAAUCUUUGAUUACAAAGCCCAUUGAUGCAUCUCAACUUAAGCGAGAGAUGAAGAAUGAGGAGGCUGCCUCGGAUGAAGAAGACGAUCACAUUGAGUCUAAUCAAAUUACCCUCAAUGCUACUGCAGAAUUUUGCCGGACACUUGGAGACAUCCCUACAUAUGGUAUGGCAGGAAAUCGCGAAGGGAAUACCAAUGAUUUGUUGGACUUUGAACAUGAGAUGGAAGUGGAUGAGAAAGAGGAGGAACCCGAGGAUAUUCGGGGUACGUGGAAUUCAGUGAAUGCCAGUCAAUUGGAUAUGGAAGAAAAUUCCCAAGGGGGUGAAGAUAUGGGUGAAAUAGCAAUUCUGGAUGAGGAGCCCGAUGUGAGUGCGGGUGUUGCUGGUGCUCUGAGAUUGGCAAUGUCCAAGGGAUAUUUGGAGCGGGAUGAUAAAAAUAGGCCCAGUAACUCGCGUAUGGCACAUCUCCAAGCCAAAAAUUAUUCCAUUGAGGAUAAAACUUAUUCCGAAGAUGAUAAAUUUGGACGUCGGGAUCGGUAUCACAGUGGCCCCAGUUCUGACUUUAAAGAGAAAGAAAGCUUCAAGCCCAAUGUGAAGCUUGAAUAUAUUGAUGAUAGUGGUAGAGUGUUGAAUGCUAAAGAAGCUUUUCGUUAUCUGUCGCAUAAGUUUCAUGGAAAAGGUCCGGGAAAGAAUAAAAUUGAGAAGCGAUUGAAGAAGAGUGAACAAGAAGGACUUAUGAUGAAAAUGAGCUCUACGGAUACACCCUUGGGGACUCUCAAUAUGCUCCAGGCGAAACAGAAGGAGACCAAUAGUCCGUAUAUCGUGUUGAGUGGCACAAAGCAGAAUCUUAGUGGAAGCAGCAUUGUCAAGCACAAGUCCAAAUAAAAAGACUUAUUGACAUGCAGAUACAUUAUUUUUUAUUUUACAUCAAACUGUUGAUUACAAUAGUAGAAAAUGCAGUAAUUAAGAUGAUAUUUGAUGCUAA